AUGCCACGAGAUCCUCUGAUCGGCCUUAUGCUUCGUCAAAAGUUGGUGCGUAAAUAUCCUAUCCAUACCAUCCCCAUCCCAACCUCAAAUUACCCCUCCAUGUACUUACAUACUCUCUCUCGCGCAGGCAAUUUCCCAUUCACAACCAUCGACCCUCAACGCGCAAUCGGCUAUCUUCAAAUUGAUUGCGCCUGCGCUCGCUAUAAUCUUCAAUCGCGCUGCAAACCCAACUAUGGAUCCUGUAUAGACGGUCGUCGCUCUGUUCCCAUCGAACUUCUUGACGUAGCGGGUCUUGUCCCGGGCGCCCACGAAGGAAAAGGUCUAGGAAAUAAAUUCCUCGACGAUUUACGUCAUGCAGAUGCACUCAUCCACGUCGUAGACGUAAGUGGCACAACUGAUGCAGAGGGAAAAGCAACAAGAGGUUACGAUCCUAGUUAUGAUAUCGUGUGGUUGCGCUCGGAGAUUGUGGCAUGGAUUCGAGGAAACUUGAUGCAAAAAUGGGGAUCGAUAAAACGAAGACAUGUAGCUGUAAAAGCUACGGCUGUUGAGACAUUACAGGGUCAAUUUUCCGGAUAUGGAAGUACAAGUGUGGUGGUUGCGCGGACGUUGGACAAAUUAGGGUUGAAGGAAUCAUUGGAACAUUGGUCUGAUGAAACGAUCGAUUUGAUGGUGAAUGCUUUCACGGAUGAGAAAUUUCCAACGGUCAUUGCGCUCAAUAAGAUCGAUCAUGCGGAUGCGGAUAAGAAUAUUAGCAAGAUUGCAAAGAUGCAGGAUCCGAAGAGUAUUGUGCUAUGUAGUGCUGUUUCGGAAGUCUUCCUGAGAAGGUUGGCUAAACAGGGCUUUGUGAAGUAUACAGAGGGGAGCGAGUUUGUGGAUACGAAAGAGGAUCUAAUUGCUGAUGGCGAUGAAACUGGUGGAGGUCUAAAGGAAAUGGAUGAAAAGCUCAAAGCGAGGAUUGAGAAUUUGAAGGAUAUGGUUCUUUACAGAUUCGGAAGUACGGGGGUAGUACAAGUACUUUCUCGAGCAGCAGAAUUACUUGGUUUAGUACCAGUAUUUCCUGUAAGGAAUGUUGGAAGUCUAAUUGCAGGAACUGGUGGAUCAGGAAGUGAGAAAGUGUUUAGGGAUUGUGUGUUGGUGAAGAAGAAUACUACAGUCGCGGAGUGUGCGAGAAAAGUCAUGGGAGAUGCUCCUUUAGCUUAUGUUGAAGGAGCUGGUGGAGUGAGGGUUUCGGAAGAUGCUAUUGUUUCUGUUGGUCAUAAUGAUGUGCAUCCUCUCCUUCAGAGUCGGCAGAGCUUAAGAAGCACACCGCGAGCAUCUUAA